AUGAGUGAUUAUGAGCCUGAUUUCGAUGAAAUUCCGAGCUCAAGAGUUUCACCUAAGAAAAAAGAACAAAAAGUAAAGGCAGAUAAUAAUUAUUUGAAGCCAGGAUCCCUGCCUUGGGAUGAAGAGUCUAUGACAUAUUCAAGAGACGACGGAAGCACUCUUAUUCAGUUACAGCGUGAAAAUGUAAAGCUAAGAGAUAAGUUGAAAAACCUUAGCCAACGAUUAAAUGAUUUAAUUGAAAUUACUCAAAAAAACCGAGCAAAGAAAAAAGUAAAGAAAAUUGAUACAAGCAGGGGAGAGCUUGAAACUGCUAUGAAGAAGGUUGAGGUUUAUGAGUAAAAAUUAUGCUUUUAUAGAAUAAUUUGGAUGCAUAAAAAAUCAAAAAUUAAUAUGAUGACUAUUUCCAUAUUUUUGAAUUUAAGUAUAUAUAGAAAACAAUGAAAAAAGUUAUCAAAAAGAAUUGAAGAGCUAAAAGACCCAGACUAUGAGAGAAAUCUGAAAAAUGAAAUAGAAAACGAUGAAAUUCAUUUGCAGGAAUUAGAAAAUAAUGUUAGAAAAGGAGAAGUUAGCCAGAGGAAGCGAGGAAAAGUACUGAAAGGCGUUUUAAGCACAGGUGAAACUGAAGAUAUGUAUAAAAUGUACAAUGAACUUGUAACUGAAAGCACAGUUUAUAUCAAAAAAUUAAAGAAAAUUGAAGAAAGAGAUGCACAAAUAGAGAGCAGUUAUAAUGAAAUCACCCCAAAACUAAACAAACUAGAAAGAGAAUAUGACCAGCUAAGAGAUUUAGAAACCACAAAAUCAGACGAAAAUGCCUCAAAAGUACAAGAAAAAAUAGCUCAGUUAGAAAGAGAACAAGACAUAAAAAUCAAAGAAUUUAAUAGCAAAAUCAGAGUACUUAAUGGGCGCAUAAAAGAUCUUGAAGGAGAAAUUAAAGAAAUUGAUAACGAAGAAAGCGAGCUAUAUCUGGAAAUUGAAAGAAGAAACUUUAAAAUAAAAGACGCUCAAGCAAGCAUAGGAAAAUUGAGGGAGAGCUCUGAAUUCCAAAGUGAAGCAUCAAAAAAAUCAAUAAAACCUCCAUUAUUUGAAACAGAAAUUCCAAAUGGAAUAUAUGAUAAAAGAAGUCAAAUAAAGCAGAAAUAG